AUGUUUGGGAACCGUGUGGUGGUCAGAACCUUCCGGAGGUGCUAUAAAAUCCCUACUUAUGAGCAUUUGCAACCAGGUAAUGGCAUACCGGGUCUAUUGUCCAAAGAUGGACUUAAAGUAGCCUGGUUCGACAGGACAGAAUUGUACUUUAAGAUGCUGAGAAGUUCUCUGCGAAGCCAUGAAGAUAGACCUUUGGAGUCUCUUAUUUACGAAUUUGCUGAAAUUCCAUCCAAGAAAAAGGCGUUUUCGUAUGCCUCACUAUUAUACAACACGAGCUUUGCAUUUUCUUCGUUGCGUGGCAGCUCAUUACCAUUGAUCACCGAGAAGCCUGGUUUCAGUACACUAUUGAACCCCCCUUUAUUGUCCAAGACCUUCUCUACAGAACCGCUGGAGACUGAGUGUGGAGAGCUUCAUCAGGCGCUCAUAGAGUCGUUUGGCUCUAUUCCGGAGUUUAAAACCCUGUUUCUAAAUUCCAAUCUUGGCAUAAAUGGCGAUGGAUUUACUUGGCUGAUGGCAAGAAAAGUUCCUCAAUCCACUUCCGGUAAGCUUGUUAGUUUUGACAAACUAUUCAUUGUUAAUACGUACAAUUCCGGAUCUCCUUUACUUGUGGAGAAAAAUGAGUACUACAGUAAACUAGAACGGAAGCUGAACGAAGAUCAAACAAACCUACCCACAGAGAAGGAGAUUCUUGAAAAUGCAAUCAAUAAGGCGAUGUACAAAGAGACUAGUGCUUAUAUUCCGUUACUAGCUAUUGAUGCUUCUCCAAAAGUUUGGUUACAUGACUAUGGUAUGUUUGGAAAGUCACAGUAUUUAGAUAGAGUAUGGGAAAGCAUCAACUGGAAAGUUGUUGGAAACAAGUUGCCAGAGCAAUAUAAGCCUACAGAGUUCGUAUUCUGA